UAAAUCCUAUUUUUAUGCUUCAAAAGUAACAUGGCUGCUUACGACACGCAGUUGAUGAAAACUGUCAAUACAUUUUAUACACAAUUCCGUUGCAAAUAUGACAGAUGUUGGUGUUCAAACUGUCAACCAGACGCCGUACGCCGGAGCUAUUUUGUAUUGCUGCUAUUUGCGUUCAAAUAUUAUAAAACCACAAGCGGCACAAUAGGGGAAGCGAAUUCAUUUCUAUUGCUGCGCGCUGUGCAUUCUUAAUCUUUGGUUAAUCACGCGCUUGAGCACAGCAACACCUUCCAGCCGCUUGAUACGGCAGCCUUUCGCUGGAAAAAACGAGUUUUCGAAAGCAAGGCAGCCCCGGUCGUAAAAGCUGACUCAUAGCGACAGGACAUGGAUAUUGAUAGCAGUGAACAAACUUCGGCCACUUUGGAAAACCAUAACGAUGAGCUGCAUCGGAGCCGAUCCCCGUUGGAAACGGUUGCCGAAGAAGCAGAAGGAUAUCAUCCCAUUAUGGUUACACCACAAACGGUAUGGAGUUCGUAUCCGCUUCUCGUAGAAGACAGCAACCGGCUGAUGCUGGCACCAUCACUCGAACUCACCUUACGUUAUUUUUUCACCCACUGUGGAAGGGACGUCACGGAGAUAAGCCGGUCCGAUCUGAUGAUAGUACUUAUCUACGUGAUCGCCCUCGAGUUGUGUUUGAUACCGAAGGGUGCUUCACUACCCGCGUCAUUACGGUCGGAGAAGCAUUACGUCUACCGGUCGUUCGACAAACGGCUCGUGAAACAUUUCGCCACCCGCUUACCAAUGGACUGGUUCCAAAAGCGGGCCGGCUGUUACCGUUUCGAUUUGGAGUUGGUACACGAGAAAGCGUUGUACAAAAAUCUAACCUGCUCGCUGGUUGCCUUUUGCAGUGGAGACUUGCUCAUUGUGAACCUAAUACCGCACCAUGGCUAUAAGGCAGGAUUUUCCACCGUGAUUCCCGUGUGCUUUCACGUCCCGUCGGUCAAUGCGGACCGACUUCCGCUGUGUUACCAGUAUCUGCAGGGGCUUUCGAUGAAGUUGAAGAAUGAUCUGUUUGUGCCAUUUCGGAACCACAUGUACACUAAAUUUAUUCCAACCAUCAGCCCAUCGCUCCAAGGGAUACCUGCGGAGACGAUGUUGAAGGUGUGUGCGCACCUAGAUCUACGCACCAGAGAAAACGUGAAAGAAGUUGUAAAUACGUUCCUUUCAACCUAAUGUUACAUGCAAUGUGUUAUGUAUCUCUUUGAAUUUAAUCUUAAUAAAGUAACUACAGUUGUAUAGGCUGUUGUAAAUUAUCGUUA